UGGCUUAUUGUAUGUUCAGUAAGUGUGAAAGAUAGCUUCACGGUGACAUUAAAUAUUUCAUCUUCAUAUGACCCCUGUAGUUCGCCCAGUGACCUCCUAUCCAGGCCAGUGGGUCAACCUGGAAGAAGUGGAGCCACUGAUCCACAGCAGACUGACAAGUAUCAAAUCAGCCCUCAUGGCUGUGGACCCUGAUGGGACAGGCCUGGUGAGCAAAGAGGAGUUCAGACUAGUUCUGAAGAGCCUGCUGCCUGUCAGCCAGAGCCUGCUCGACACCCUCCUCAAUGAGGUGCGUGAGAGAAGUACAGCGACGGUGGACUACAUGCAAUUUCUGAGAAGGUUUGGCCGAGCUCCCGUAGCCCAAAGAGCCUGCAACAGCAGCGUGAGACGUGGUCCACAGAAAACUUCAAAGUCCCUGUCUGAGAUACAGAAGCAUCUUCGAGAUAAGAUUGGAGGAAACCUGAGGACCAUGAUCAGAGUGUUUCACCUGUUUGACUACAACCGAGAUGGGCACAUCCAGCAGCACGAGUUCCGCCGCAUCCUGGACAACUAUUGCAUCCACCUGACAGACAAGGAGUUUCAGAGGUUGUGGAAUCACUACAGCCCCAGUAACACAGCCACCAUUUCCUACGAACUGUUCCUGGACGAGCUAGGCUUUGGUGACAGCCAUAACUUUAAGAUUGCUCCGGUUUGUACUAAGCUAGAGGUGUCCAGCCGAGUCACAACUCCAUGUGAGAGAGUCAAACAGAGGAAGCAGAGAGCAGGAUCUCUGUCCAACUCAUGCGAUGCACCAUCAGUCCUGCCGCACAGGAAGCUGCAGACUCUCUUCUAUGACAAGAUGUGCAUGAACUCUACACCGGUGUGGCAAGCUGUGCAGGCUUUUGACACCACACACUCUGGCCUGGUAAAGCAGGAUGUCCUGAGGGCUGUUCUCAGCAGCUUUAUAUUUCCCAUGAACCCUCACUCCUUUCAGAAGCUUACCAGUCGUUAUGGUGUGAGAGCAACAGGACCGGUGAGAUGGAAACACUUCUUGAGCCACUUCAUGAGCCUGGGUAAAGAAGAUGGAAACACAAAUAUUCAGUUGGACAGGGUUUCCAAGCAGCCUGCCCCAGAUGAAGACAACUUGGAUUUCCAAGAAAUUUACCCUCGACUUAAAGAGAUCUUCCAUCUGCUGGACACAAAGGAGGCAGGUGGGAUCACUCGAGCAGACCUGCGACAUUUGCUGGAGAGACCAGGUGGGACCCAGCCCCGACUUCAGCGUUCACAGAUCACAGAGCUGUUCAACGUCCUGGAUCCAGAACACACCGGGGUCAUCCAGCUGGCCAGCUUGGAGAGAUUCAACCCCAGCAUCACCUCUGCUCCAACAGGCAACACAGCACCACCACCCUCCCCUCCUAACACUGCUGAGCCCCUGGACGUCCCAGAGGAGACUGACGACACCACUACAGAGAUGGAGGAGCAAAAAACACCAGAUGAGAGGCAGACCACACAGUGGGCUGAUAAAGUGUCUGUGGCAUCUCCUUCAUGGAAAACAGUGAAAAGUCUGCUGCAGAACAAGCUGUGUGAGCAGCUCAGUUCAGUGCUGGCAGAUCUGAAGCUGCGUGACCCUCAGCACACUGGACACGUUACACAGGAGGAUCUGAAGAAGGUCUUAAGCUGCUAUGGCAUGCCCAUCUCAGACACACACUUUAACAAGCUCUGUGAGCCCUUCAGCUCCAGACCUGGCACAUCCUCUAGGUUGGUUUCUUACAAUUGCUUUAUCAGAAACCUGGGAGUACCACUACAAAAAGCAACAAACACAUCUUCAUCCCACAAGGAAAGGCCAUUCACAUCGCCUCAGUCACCCCUGCAGUCAGUUGAGGGCCAGGGGCCUCCCUCUAGUCUGCAGGACUGUCCAGACACCUGCAGUAUCCUGGACACUGUCUUCCAGAGAAUGAGACUGAGGUUAGAGCAACACCAAACCAGCCUGACUGACCGUAUCCAGGCCAUCAUCCACAGCUCUGAAGAGACGCUGUCAGAGACUGAUGUACGGAAGAUACUAGAGGACAGCUGGAUCGUCUUGGACAAUAAGACUUUCAAAAUGUUCACUGAACUGCUGGGCUUCAUGGACGGACAGAUCGAGCGCUCAGUGUUCCAGGCGAAGUAUGAGGAGGCUGCAACCAGAGACAGGCAGCAGCGCUCUGAGGUUGGUGAUGGUGAUAGGGUUGAGGUUGACCCCCUCCCUACUUCUGCUGAGCAGUGCCUGGCUGCCAUGAAGAACAGGAUCAAGGCCAUCCAUGGGAACAACCUGACAGCGUUCCGGCUGAUGGACAAGAAACACAAAGGCGUGGUGGACUGCCAUGAUUUCAGAACACUGUACAACAGCCUGGGGUUUUUCUGCAGGGAGGGAGAGUACGAGCGGCUGCUGGAUCUAAUUGGCCUGCAUCCUGGAGGCAACCUUAACUACGCAGAAUUCAUCGAUAUUGUUGAAAAUAAUGGCAAACAACGGGCACGUGCAACUAGUGUACAAGAGCAGCUCCAUGAGCUCCUGGCCUGUGAAGCACGCUGCAAGUGGGGAGACAUAUCUAAGACACUGUGUCAGUUUGACGCUGACGGCCAGGGCUGGAUCCAUAAAAAAAGUUUGAGGGGACUCCUCUUUACCUAUGCUCUUCCUAUAAGUUCAGAUGAGUUUGAUCAGCUUUGGUCAAAGUAUGAUCCAGAGGGGCGGGGCUGUGUAGCUGUUUGUGACUUCCUAGAGAAGCUGGGGUUUCAUCACGAAGGGGAACUGAAGUCUCUGAGCCAGAAACUGAACCAAACUGUUGCCCAACUGAAUGCCAACAGACAAGUUUCCACUGAUGCUGCCUCACUGGAGAAUAUACAGCUCAAGGUUUCCAUGGAUGAUAACUGCAAAAGGCUAUCUUACAUGGAUUUCCUGUCUGCUUUUGACAGUAAAGCAGAGAGGAAGUGUGAGCCUCCUCUUGCUUCCCCUGAUGCUGUUCGCCAGAUAGAGUCCUUGGACAACCUCAGUCCAGAUGUGGCUCUGGCCAGGAUGCGGGAACUCGUCACAGCUACAGCACCUAAUCUAUAUAAGGCUUUCUCAGCCUUCGAUCAGAGCGGUACUGGGACCGUCAGAGCUCUGGAGUUUCGUCAGGUGCUGGAGAGUUUUUGCGCUCGCCCAUCAGACAAACAGUACAGAUACAUCCUGUCCAAGCUGGAGCUGGACUGUGAGAACUGCGCUGUUAACUGGAAGGACUUCCUCAGCAAGUUUCAGUCGCAGGAGCCAGUGGUCCAGGAAGAUGUCACAGGUCACCAAAAGAUCACCAAAGAGCUGAUGGAUUUAGACACCUCCAACAGCACCACCAUCUCAAAAGAGCAGUUCAGACAGCUUUGUGAUCGCCACUGCUUGAAUCUAACAAAUGAUCAGUUUGAAUGUGUGUGGUGCCAGAUGCCUGUGUCUGAGCGGAGGAAGCUGCAGCACAGAGAGGUGCUUCAAAGUUUUGGUGCAUUGGGCAGGAUCACCCACAUCGAAGCAGGGGGUCCCAUCAACAACAUCCCAUCACCUUCUCCUGAGCCGAGAGAGACAACCUCUAGAUCCAAACGUUGUUGUCCGAACACUGCAGGUGCCAUUCUGCAACGUACUAAGUCUGCCUCCCAGUGCAUCCCCAGGCGUCCUGCCUCAGUAGGGAGGCCGGGAACAGGAAGCCCCUUGGGCAGCAUGGAGAGGAGGCUGCGUGGGGCGGUGCAGCACUGUUGGAAGGAGAUCCAGAGGAAUUGUGCUGUGCAAGAUCCUCAGCAAGAGGGACACAUCAGCGCUACCUCCUUCCUGGAGAUCCUCCAAUCUCUCAACAUCAGCAUCACUCAGCAGCAGCUGGAGUAUCUGGCUGUGAAAUUUGAUUUCAUGAGUAAUGGACGUGUUUCCUAUCACAACUUCCUUCAUCACCUCCUGCUGAACCUAAAACCAGCAGAGGCCAAGACGACUUUUGAGCGAUGUAAACUCCCUCUUCCUAAUACCCCGAUGAGCCGAGGCGUUCUGAGCAAAGACUGUGUGGCGGUCAUGCUGAGGACUUUCGACGUGGUUCGCUCAUCCUGGACCUCCAUCAGGCGCAGCUUCCUGACAUCUGACCGCACCCGCUCAGGGAGAGUCUCGGUGCAGGACUUCAGGAAGGUGCUGUGCCAUUUCAGUGUGAAUCUGUCAGAGGAGGAGUUCUUCCACCUCAGCUCUUAUUUUGAUGCCAACACCACAGGGCAGAUCUGCUACAACAGCUUCCUGUGGGCGUUCCUUCACUGACCUUCAUUCAGAGACUUAGAGCAGCUACAGCGAGCAUGGCAGAGUUCCAGCGUGGGCAUCGAAUACUCAGGCUCCAGGUUAAGUGUUUGGCAAUUACUUUGAUUAUAAGCAAAUUUAUUUGGUGAUACGCACUGUAAAAAGCCAAAUGUAAUGUGAAAUGGUGAACACCUCAAAGUGGCCUUUGCAUUUUAGCUUACUUACGUAAUUUCCAGACUAUAAGCCGCUACUUUUUUCACACGCUUUGAAACUUGCGGCUUAAACAAUGAUGCGGCUAAUUUAUAGAUUUUUACGGGCUAACGAGCUUCAUGCCGCAAAAACAUUUAGACACCUGCGGCUUAUAGACAGUAUAUGUACAGUAUAUGUACUUUUUUUUUUCUUUUUAAAUUUAGUGGGUGUGGCUUAUAGUCAGGUGUGCUCAAUAGUCUGGAAAUUAUGGUAUCUUAAAUCUAGAAAAGAUGUAAAGAAAACAUAAAGUCUAAUGUUCAGUGCCAACUCUCAGUACAGAGAGAGCAUACUCCAGGGUGUGUAAGCAGAGAUUCAACAGAAUAACCUGAUACUCAGACACAACUGCCUUUUUGUUUCACUUAAUUGGUUCAGCCUGACAUUGUGUUCAUGUUAGCUCACAGCAACCUUCACCACUGUGUUCAUCUCACAUCUCAUCCCACAUGACGUUCCCAUUCUUAAUUCCACUUACUCAGCUUUGAUUAAAUGUUUCCUUAAAUGCCAGAAGCAGCUGUUAAUAGGUACACCAUCAGAUCUAUUUAAAUCUCUCAGUGGUGGGCUGUGCAUUUCACACCUAGGCCUUCACUGCUGUUCUACCUGAAUUAACUCACAUCUCAAUACCGUCAUUAUGAUGUCACGGCUAUAGAGAAUAAACGUGUCUCCAAACACUGCAGCCACAGCUGAGCCACACACAUACACGACUGGCCAGACUCGACUUUCAGCAUUAGCCUUCAUAGCGAUAGAAAAGGACUUAUUGUUGGCACUGAGACACACAGAUAACCUCUACAACAGAGUCACUGAACUCUUCCUCCUCCUUGAGAAAACAGCUAUUAAAUCUAUACUAAUGUGUUUUAGCUUGUGUUAGUAGCUAUAGAUGCGAUUAACUAGCUCUGACCAGUACGCUCCCUGACUGUCCAAUCAGAUGACAUGAAGUCAUUGGCGUUAUCGUAGGCCUGCUAGAUGACCCCUGGUCUCACCAACUUGAAAUCUGAUUGGUUAAAGGAUCCCCAAGGCAACAGUUUGCCAUUCAUUUUUUAAAUACAGGGCCCUGCACUGUUGACUCUUCUAUUCAUUCUAUUAUUAUUCAGUGAUUGUGACAGUGUUUAGGCAGCAGAGAAGACCUUGCUGGGCCUGACAGCUCACCACUGGACUCUCUAGGUGCAACACACCUGAAUCCAGAAAGGAUGGGAAGCACUGCUUUUCAGCCUGUUGUUAAGUUACUCUAACGCAGAGAGAGAGAGAGAGAGAG